UCAGAAGAAGACGGUGGUGUUACCAGAAGAACUGGACACCAUCUGCUGUGGUCCGCAGCGUGAAUGAUGAACACUGGAGAGAUUCAGGGUGCGCUCUGGGGCGCAGGAACCCCAUCGCCGGACAAAGUGAAGUAAGGUCAGGCUCAGAGAAGACCGAGAUGGAUACGGAUGUGCUCAAAAGUAGAAAAAUCGGAAUCAGCAGCAGAGCUCCUGCUGGUAUCGGACCUCCUCCUUCAUCAUCAUCGUCAUCAUCAUCCCACCAUACACCUCCACUGUUCAGCCAGUUUAUCCAGCAGUAUCACCAGCAGCGGUAAACGAACAACAAUAUUAUAAACAACAACAUCCAGCAGGAUCAGAGAGAGCCACGGGGACAGAGUAGCGGCAACAGACAGCACAAUGGAGACAGAAAAAACCUUCUGCUGGAGGGGAGCAGCCGAGCAGAGGAGCUUCAUCAGCAACACCAGCUGAACUACAGAGAGGAGGAGGAGCGGAUGGAUGCCAGCCUAGGAUCAACCACCAACAGCACCAACAACAACCCUCCUCCGACUGGGACCAGCUCCGAGUUUAAUCAUUAUUAUGGGAAUGGAAGAGGAGGGCCUUGCUUUGAUCAACAUGGCGGACAACAAAGCCCAGGGACUGGGGUAACAGCGGCGCACACGGUACACAACACCAUGGAUCAAGUCCACAACUCACACGAAGGCUUCAACAACAACAACAGCCCAUACAACCACUACCCGAUCUACCGGCCCGGCUACGGGAAUAGUGGAUAUGGAAGCAUGAUGAGCCCUUCACGGCAGGGGAACAACCUGAUGGGCCCGGGAAGCGGCAGCUCGGCCACUGCUAACCCAAGCAAAGCGGCUAUGACUGCCUCUAGUUCCACUGCUGGAAGCGGAGGAGGCGCCGGAGAAUUUCAGCGAUUCACCGGACAUGGUCAGCAGCAGCAUCCGUCCGGGGCUACACCAACUUUGAACCAGUUAUUAACGUCUCCGAGCCCGAUGAUACGCGGUUAUGGAGGCGGAUAUCCAGAUUACAGUAAUCCCCCAGCACAGCAGCAGCAGCCGGGCGUGGGGCUUGCUAAAGACACGGGCUCUCAGUAUGGUUCGGCUGCUCAUGGCUGGGGAGGGCAAUUAAGAAAUCACCCGACGAUGAGUCCGGGGAACAACGGGCAGAGCAGCGGUAGAUCUCAGGUGCCGUCCAUGGACCCGAUGGCGAUGAAGCGCUCGCAGCUUUACGGAAUGAGUAACCAUCCAUACUCCCAGCAGCAAGGGGCGCCAUACCCAGGCCAACCGUACAGCUCCCCUGCCCCUCACAGAUACCCCAUUGGAGUGCCUGGCAGGGGGCAGAUGGGAAUGGGAGGGAUGCAGUACCCACAGCAGCAGAUGGGUUCUCAGUUCGGCUCUCAGCAGCAGAACAUGGGCGGGUACAGUCAGCCGGGUCAGCCGCCGUACUUCAGCCCUCCACAGCAGCAGCCUGCUGCCCCCAGCCAGCCACCCUACAUGCAGCCCCGCCCCCUGCCACAUCAGGAGGUGCCUCAGGAGGCGUACGGGGGGAGGGGCAAGUCUACCGCUAUGACUCCUGGGAAACCAAAUCAUGAGGACAUGAGUCUGAGCCAACAGGAGAGACCGUCCAGCCUGCCGGAUCUAUCUGGCUCCAUCGAUGACCUGCCCACCGGCACCGAGGCUGCGGUUAGUUCAGGGGUCUCGGGAUCUGGCAGUACUCAGGGCGAUCAGGGAAGUCGAGGGGCACAUUCGCCUUUCUCCCCCCAUGUCUCGCCCCGCCUGCCCCCUGCAGCUCGCACGGGACCCUCUCCCUCCCUUUCCCCGUCCCCUGCUGGGUCUGGCAGCCAAUCACGAUCGGGGCCAUUGUCCCCCACCUCCAGUGGGCCAGGCUCUCAGCUGACCCCCCAGGUCUCUGGUCCUGGAUCAGAUGUUGGUCCUCAUUCCUCCCAGUCUGCCAUGUCUCAGGAAAGAGGUUUCAACCUCUCCAUGCAGCGCAGCACCUUGGGGUCCCAGUUUGGUCUCCAGCAGUCUGCUCCAACCAUAUCCCCUCACCCAGCACCAAUGGGACCUCUGCACCACAGUUCCUACCAGCAGGGCAGCCACUCCUACGGCCAGUAUGGCCCCCCAGGUAAUUACCCCCGGCCCCCCCACUAUGGCGGGGCGCCCGGUGCCAACUACAGCGGCCCUGGCCCGGGGCCCGGCCUGACCAACAGCCUUGGGCUGAAUGCCAGCAGCCCUAUGCAUGGUCAGGGCCCAUCCACCCCCAGCCGUGGCCCUGGACCUGGCACUGAGGGCCGCCCAUAUCCCACAGCAGCCGGCAUCACAGCCCCCACCUCCCCCAGCAUGCCCCAGCCUGCUGGGCAGGACAUGAGGCCUCCGGGGCCUAACGCCAGCUUCAAACCACAUGAAAUGGGUCCCAACACCGGACCAAGUGCCAACUCAUCAUCCUUGUACACGACCGUCGCUCAGAGCAGGACUCCCUUCACUCAUUUACCUGUCUACAACCAGUCCUGGCAGGGGGAUCCACCUGCCCUCUCUCCCACCCUUCACUCCUACCACCCCAAACACUACCACCAUCCUCCUCUACCUCACCCUCCUCACCACUCCCAGCAGGGCAUCAAUGUUCAGUCACAACCCCCAGUGCAGACCCCCUCAGGGUAUAAUGGGCAGGGCAGCUACCUGGGCCUGACACCAAUGGGAGUAAUGGGUCCUGGAGGUCCUUACAGCCAGCAACCAAGCAGCAACUCUGGGAGACUGACACCACAGGGACUCCCUUACGCCUCCUCAUUGUCAGGCACCAUGAUGAUGGCAGCAGAGGGGAUCGGACUUCAUGCAGAUACCAAACAAAGGCCUGAGCUCAGCAAAGAGGCUGUUGGACCGGCUGCCGAUCCACCCAAACCGAAGGUCAGCUACAGCUCUCAGUUUGUGUCCCAGCCCCCUACCACCCCCAUGUCCCCCAGCUCAGCUAGUCUGUCCUCCGUCUGUCUCGGGGAGGACAGUGAUAGCAUUAGCAGCCCCGCCAGGCUCAGGACUCCGCCCAGCCCUAAGCCCAGUGUGGCCACCAUGACUAAUGAGAAGAUCACCCGGCUGUAUGAUAUGGGUUCGGAGCCGGAGAGGAGGCUGUGGGUGGACCGGUACCUGUCCUUCAUGGAGGAAAGGGGGACACCUGUCCCAAACCUACCUGCUGUUGGGAAGAAGCCUCUGGACCUCUGCAGACUGUACCUGGCUGUCCGAGAGAUUGGAGGACUGGCCAUGGUGAGCAAAAACAAGAAGUGGCGGGAGCUGUCAUCCCUGUUGAAUGUGGGGACGUCCAGCAGCUCUGCCAGUUCUCUGAAGAAGCAGUACAUCCAGUACCUGUUCGCCUACGAGUGCAAGGUGGAGCGGGGGGAGGAGCCUCCACCUGAGACCAUGGCUUCUGCUACAGAUGUCAAGAAACCCUCAUCCCUCCAGGCCAAGAUCCAGCCCCCCUCCCCAGCCAACUCAGGCUCUUUACAAGGGCCCAACACCCCUCAGUCCAGCAGCAGCUCCCUGACCGAAGCCCCCAUAGACCUGAAGCCCCCAACCCCCGCCUCCACCCCACACAGCCAGAUGAUCCCCCAGCCUGGAAGCAGGAACAUGGGAGGUGUGAGCGUCCAGGACCCCUUCUCUGAAGGAAGCGAUCCAGCCUUCAACAACAAGCGAGGCCCAGGGCCCGGUGGUGGCCCCUACCAGCAGGGAGGAGGCCCACCAGACCCCUCCAUGAGGAUGCAGUAUGAUGCCAGCAAAGACUCAUACGGAGGCCCGAGGAAGGGUCCAGGAUCCGGGGAGGCUUUCAUUCCUGGUCAGAUGCCCAGUGGUUCCUUGCAGGACAUGUACCCUCGUGGGCCACCCUCCGGGGCCCUGUCAGGGAUGGGUCCCAGACCGCAGUACCCUUAUGGCCCCGGCUACGAGCGAAGGCCAGACCACGUAAUGGGUCCAGAGGGAGGCAUGGCACCCCCCGCAGGUCAGAGCAGCAUGGGCCAGUCUGGAAACGAGCCCAGCAUGUAUCCCAGCAGAUACCCUCAUCAGAGGCAUGGACCUGAUGGUUAUGGGCAGCAGUAUCCUCACAGCAUGGCCUACAGUUCCCAUCAGGCCCUGUAUCCUCAACAGCAGGGCUACAAGCGUCCGAUGGAGGGGAUGUAUCCCCCCGCUAAGCGCCAUGAGGGUGAGGCAUUCGGCAUGCAGCAGUUCAGCUCUCAGCAGCCUGACAUGUUUGGCCCAUAUGGGGCAGGAGGGGGGGGCUUUAUGGGCCCCGAGCGUCGACCUGUCCAGAGCCAGUAUCCAUAUCAGUAUGGCAGAGACAGGCAGGGACCCCCGCAGCACGGCAUGAUGGGCUCAGGACCCCCAGCAGUGUCUGGGGGCCCUGGGGAGGGACCGCAGUCAAACAUGUGGCACCCCAGGACAGAUAUGGGCUAUACAUACAGUCGACAAAGCCAGGGGCCCCCCUAUCCUGGAAUGAACCGAGGGGACGACCAGGAGGGCAGGGCCCCCCAGGACAGCCAGUGGCCCCCUGGUCACCUUAACCAACGCCAAUCUCCAUUCCCUCCCAACUCUACCUCCUCUUCCUCUUCCUCCAUGCCCCCCCUCUCAACCAGACAGCCCCCCUCCUCCUUCCAGGCUACACCCACUGUCCCUAAUCAUGUGACUCGCUCCCACAGCCCCUCCUCUUUCCCCCGACCCCUUGGAGGAUCUCUGUCGCCCAGCAGCACCCCCUACCUGUCCUCCAUAAAGAAAGCGGCCCUGCAGGGGCCCCCACCCGGGCCUCCGGCUGGACCACUGCCCCCUCAGGGCCUUCCACUUGUUCACAGAGAGUUCAGCUUCCCUACCGGCUCUGUGGAGGCCACGCCCCCCAAUCUGAAACCACGGCGACGAAUGACAGUCAAGGAUACAGGAACCCCUGAAGCGUGGCGAGUGAUGAUGUCAUUGAAGUCCGGACUGUUGGCAGAGAGCACCUGGGCACUGGACACCAUCAACAUCCUGCUGUAUGAUGACAGCACAGUGGGCUCCUUCAGCCUCACACAGCUGCCGGGUUUCCUGGAGCUCAUCGUGGAGUUUUAUCGUCGCUGCCUCAUCAAGAUCUUUGGUAUCCUGAAGGAGUACGAGGUGGGAACAGAAAGCCAGAAGACUUUCCUGGGCCCCCUCCCUGAGGAGCAGGAGCCACUGGCCCUCUCUUCUGAAUCAGGGGAAGAGCAGGGGAUCCAGAGAAAGUCAGCAGAGGAGGUGGAGGAGAUGCCACCAGCAAUCACAGCUCCUCAGGAGAUGGAGGACAGGAAAACAGUCAUAAAAGCGGAGGUGAAGGAAGAACAGGAGGAGCCACGCCCCAAACAGGCCAGCAAAUACGACAAGCUGCCAAUCAGGGUAGAGGAGACAGGGGAGGGGUGGGAGGAGGUGGAGGAGUGCUGGGCCAAACUUAACCAACCCAACGGUUUCACCAGUGGCCUCCUGCACUGGAAGGCCGGAGGCGGAGACUCCACCACCCACAUCCAGACCCACUUCGAGCCCCAGAUGGGAGACUUUACUCCUCCAGACCCGCUGUGGAGGGAGGAGCCAGUAGAGCAGGUGGCAGAAAACAAGGGGAGGAAUCCAGGAAGGGAGCGAUCAGAGGCAGACGGAGAUGUAGAGAGCAGGUUGGCGUCUGAAAACCAAGAAGACUUACCUCCUGAGGUCAGUGGUCAGCGGUCUCCGGCUCCAGGUGAGGUGACUCAGAGUCCCAUCAGCCAGUUGGAGGACGAGCCGCGCUGCUGGGACGAAGCUCCGCUCUCCAUGGCCGAGUCCUGGCAGGACUCUCUGGCCAGAAGCUGCGUCUGCAUCUCCAACGUGGUACGCGGCCUCUCCUUCGUCCCCGGAAAUGACGCUGUCCUGUCGCGGCACCCCGGCCUGGUGUUGAUCCUGGGCCGGCUAGUGCUGCUGCACCACCACCACCCUCGCAGGAAACGGACGCCCCCCACCUACCAGCGGGAGGAGGAGCAGGGUCUGGCCUGCAGCCGGGAUGAGUGGUGGUGGGACUGCGUAGCGGCGCUCAGGGAAAACACGCUGGUGACGCUGGCCAACAUCUCAGGCCAGCUGGACCUGUCGCUGUACACCGAGAGCAUCUGCCUGCCCAUCCUGGACGGGCUGCUGCACUGGAUGGUGUGCCCGUCUGCUGAGGCCCAGGACCCCUUCUCCUUGGCAGGCGGUUUCUCCUCGCUUACUCCUCGGAGGCUGGUGCUGGAGUGUCUCUGCAAACUGAGCAUCCAGGACUGCAACGUGGACCUACUGCUUGCCACGCCCCCCUUCAGCCGCCAGCAGAAGCUCUUCUCCACGCUGGUGCGCCUGGUGGGAGAGAAGAAGAGCCAGGUGUGUCGGGAGAUGGCGGUCGCCGUGCUGUCCAACCUGGCCCAGGGCGACUCGACCGCGGCGAGGGCCAUCGCCCUGCAGAAGGGCAGUGUGGGGGCUCUGAUCGGCUUCCUGGAGGACAGCGUGGCCAUGGCUCAGUACCAGCAGAACCCGCACAGCCUGCUGCACGCCAAUGUGCCACCAGAGCCCCCCAGCAUCAACAUGAUGUGCCGCGCCGCCAAGGCGCUGCUGGCCAUGGCGAGAGGGGAGGAGAACAGGACGGAGUUUGUUCUGUAUGAGAACCGGCUGCUGGACGUCUCACUGUCGGCCGCCUUCAACUCGUCUGUGGCGGCCAUCAUGUGUGAAGUACUGUUUAAAAUCAGCCGCUCGUGACACAAACACCGCCACGGAGCACACUCAGUGGCGCUGGAGGCAGCUCCAUGUGACAAACUGGCUUCUAUUCUAUUUUUAUUUAAAGAACAGAAGAAGUUUUUACUUACAAAUGAAUAUAUAUAGAAUCUAUCUAUCUCCUCGGUUCCAUCUGCAAAGGUUUAUUUGGGAUUUUUAAGUAAUUUUAAUACAAAAAUAUUUAAUACUUGUAUUUUUAAUUUUUUAAUUCUUUUGUUAGUUUGUUUUGUUUGAACCAAAGUGUGACGGUGGUUCUGGCUCUUUUUAAAUGGACGUGGUGUUUUAUUUUGGUUUGUUUAGGGAUGGGGGGCGUUAUUUAAACAGUGUCAUAUUGUAGAUAAAAGUUUCUGUUGUGGUUAAACAGGAAACACUGAUGUUCCUUGACAUUUUUCGUUCUGGUGCAAUACGUUUGUUUUGUUUGUUUGUUUUGUGUUUUAAUGUGAUUUUUUUUUUACCAUCUGCAAUUUGACCAUCAGUAUUUUACCAAACCACAGCAGUAUCAGAUGGGGGGGGCUGCAUCCUUUUCUGUUUUUUAGAACUUUUUAUGUCUCCUCCACCAAUUAAACCCUCCACCGUCAUCAUCUUGUAAAUAAAUGAUGUACAUCGGAGCUCUAGCAGGUGGCGUCUUGACUCAACUGAACGUUCAGAUUCUGAAGACGAUCAGGCUGUUUUCUGGAGUCUGAUCCGGGCGGGUGCAUUUGAUUCGGGGACUCUGUGCGCAGGAUGUGGGGCCGACUGUCCUGACUGACACCAAACUUGUAAGAAAUGUAAAGAAAGAAAAAUGGCAUUGUUUCUUCAGUAUGAGAUCUUUCUAUGUUCCACAACAUGUUAAAGAAUAAACGUACAUGAACUCUGGUUGAACACUGAA